AUGGAGGCCGAUCGAAAAGUGCGCUUUCUAACGACCGAGCUGGUGGAGAAGAUUCUCCAAUCGAACGACGAUCUGCGGGUCUAUCGGAUGGCCAGCAGUGGUGGCUGCACACUGACGACCCCGCAAGGACUGGACGGGUUUAUGUCGGUGAUCCACAAGCUGACGCUCAAGCUCCAGCACACCGUCACAAGCGAAACCAAAACGCUCACGCUGAUGCUGAAGGUGAUGAAGGGUGACGAUGACUUCCGCCAGAAGUCACUCGGCCUGGUGCUCUUCCCGAACGAAAUCAACGUCUACUCGAACGUCAUCCCAACGUUCGCCGGUUUGGUGCGAGCCAGCGGUGCUCAGAUCGAUCUCAGCAGUCUCUGCCCACGGAUCUUCCUGGCCGAGUCGGGUGUUCGCUAUCCGGCCUACAGUGAGCAGGAGGAAACGUUCCUCGCGAUGGAGGACGUCACGUUGAUCGGGUUCGAACCGAGCCGCAGCCGGCUCAACCUUGACCGGGCACACCUCGAGCUGAUGGCCCGCAAAGUGGCACAGUUUCACGCCUGUUCCUACGCCCUCCGGAUCGGCGGUCAGUCGGAGCGACUCGCCCUCCUGGUGGACCGUAUCAUUCCGCUCAACUUCGUGCAGGACGGUAAGAUCUUCUUCGAAAGCUACGACGUCGUCUUUAAGGUGGUGUUCGAGCGCUUGUUCCGUUACCUGGACGACCGCCCCGGAGUGCUGCAAUCGGUUGGGCAUAAGGAGCGAGAGCGGAUCGAAGCGUUAAGGCGCCGGUAUGGCAGUUGUCCCUCGGAGUUGAUGCAGCGGUGCCUGCGGAGGGACGAAACGUACUCGGUGAUUCUGCACGGCGACUUCAACCGAAACAAUGUACUGUUCCGGUAUGGCGGCAGCGACGACGACGGUACCGCACCGCAGGACGUGAUGCUGAUAGACUUCCAGGAGAACCGUUACGGUUCGCCGGCCCUCGAUCUGUCGUUCUUCAUGUACAUGAACAUGCUGCCGGAAGCGUGGGCCCACGGUGGCUGGGAGGACCUGCUUGGAGUCUAUCACCGGGAGUUGAUGCGGUGCAUCUGUGAAAUUGUACAGGCCACCCCGGACGAUGCCCGCCUUGCGCCAUACUCGUACGACGCCAUGAAGCAACACCUGGCACAGCACUUCGUCUACGGUGCGGUCAUAGCGAUCAAGUUCCUACCGUGCAUGCUGUCGAGCGAGACGGAGGUCCAACAAAUCGUGCACCACUUUCAUACGGACAUCACGUCGCCGGCGUUUCGGGAUAUCUAUCUGAUUGCCGGCGGGGAGCCGGUCAACGAGCGCCUCGCGAAAGUGCUGAUCCACGCAGCGCAGCAAGGCUAUCUGGAUAUGGUCGGCUAAGUCGGGUGUUA